CGUUCAACUCGAUCAUUUCGGAUCCAUCCGGGAUGAUGUUCUGGGGUCGAGGUGGUGGUGGUAAAUCCGCUACGACGUCCGCUGCAGGUCACUCAGACGCGUCUCGCCGGGCGUCCCAAGAUGCUGUUUUCGCAGCGGUCCCAACCGUACCGGUUGCACCUUCGUACGUUCUCUCAGAGCAGCGUCGCAGCGAGUUGUUAUUAUCUGCUCGCACAAAUCGCGUGUCGUGGGUCGACGGCGUCGAUCAACGCGAUAACAACGCGCUUCCAGUCGGAUGCAAUGGGUUCCCAGAUAAUUUAACAGCUUCAUCUAUCCCCAGCCAUUGCCAUGAAGCUCUGAAGGGUGUCAACGACGAGCUAUCCAAGUUUUUCGCGAGUCUAGACGAACUAAAGCUCAAAAUUCUGCCCAAUGAACUACAGCUGACCGAGGAAGAGCCACAGUCAACUGCAGACACCCAGCACUCUACAAGACGAUAUCGGACGUUACUCCAGGAGCUAAGGGAGCAGGGGACGCUGCUGGACCAAUGGCAGCGCUCGCACAGUCCCCGAAUGAAAAAGUUGACCGGCCACGAUCGCGAAAUGGCGUUUCUCGUCGGGUUUCGAGAACUUGUAGCACUAUUAAAGAGCGCCCAAGCAGCCGAACUAGUGUACCGUAUCCAGUCCUUUGUAAAGCGAGCAGAGCUAUGGGAUCUGCCGCUGAUGCUAAGAGCGAUCGCGACGAGAGAUCGACCGGGCGGAAAAGUGCAGGACUUCGUGAACAAAUUGGUGGAGCAGAUCAAACACAGUAAGAAGCUGAGAAUUUUGCUACAAGGAGAUGAAGACACACAGUCACAACUAAGGUUUCUACAUGUGAGAGAUCCGUACGGAGUGGAUCUACUACAUGAAGUUCUGGAGGCAUUCCUGAUGGAGAAACUGUAUGCAAAGACGCUUACCCCCUCGAUAGAAGUAGCGAGUCAAGACGAAGCGUUCCAUGAUCGUGUGAGCUUGUUGGGCUUUGUCACCUUCAAGCAUCUAGAUUUACCAGUACCGAAGACCAAAGAACAGGAGCAGACGUGGCUUCGGUUAGCCAAGCAGCUUGAAGCCAUGACGUUGUGUCCGAGUCCUCGCCGCAAGAUGGACGCUGUAAUGCGAGUAUGUCAGGACCUGACGACGUUCUUAAAGGCGCAAAACGGCGGCAGAUUCCCGUCCGCAGAUGAAUUUUUGCCGGCGCUGAUCUACGUCGUGUUGCGGGCCAACCCGUGCGAACUCAAACGCAACGUGGCGUUCAUCUUAGAGUACCGGAAUCCUACAAAACUUGUGUCGGAGCCAGGCUAUUUCUUCACACACUUGGUCUCUAGUGUGGCUUUUCUCGAGGAGGUUAAUGGCUCUAGUCUCACCAUUUCGCCUCAAGAAUUUGACGAAGAAUUGCGUCGAAGCAAAGAGCUGCUCAGAGUGAGAGGUGUCCAUAACGAAAUAGACCAUGAAGUCGCGAGUAAUGCCAGUAGCGGCAGUACUGGAGAGACCAUGAACGUCUCAGCAAACGAACUGCAGAAAGAGCGACAGCAAAUGCUACCUAGUGACACCGGUAAACGGGAACAGGACGAGUCAUUGCGUCUUCCGACUGUACUCGAAAUUCGUGCAAGACGGUUAGUAAUGAUCGGAAGCGAUUAGAAAAAAAAAUAGUUAGCCAAAAUAUCUUACCAAUAUUUUACGUUAGUUGCCUUUCGUGAC